AUGAAAAAAUAGAGAAACAGCAUAUCUAUUAUAGCGUUUAUCCUCCUUGGCUUAGUCUCUUCUUAAAAUGUUGAUAGACCUCUUUCAAUUGGAGAGAUGCUUGAAAAUGCUAUAGAUGAUACUGUAUAAGUAGUAAUAGAAGGCAAUUAGCAAACUCUUUAGGAUACUAAAAAAGAGUACAAAAGAGUAAGAUCAACCUAUCGGAAAGAAGCCUAAGAAGUGAACGAUUAGAUUGAUGAUCAAGAUAUCAUAUCUCUAAAGUCUUCUUACAGAGUAAGCUACAAACCCUCUAAUUCGAGGACAUAUACUUCUUCCUUCAGAUACUCACCAUCUUCCUAUACAUAUAAGCCUUCCACCUAUAUUUAUUCUCCUAUUCAAUAUUCCUAUAAGCCAACAUAAACAAACAGCUCUUACCAGUAUAUUCCCAAUAACAUUGAAUCAAUAGGCAAAGAAACUAAUGGUAAUUAACUAAAUGAAGCUUCUGUUCAAACUAUUUCUGAAUCAGUGGCAGUACCCUCUAAAGCAGAGAUAAUUAGAGAAAAUUUCAAUAUUCUUAACUUGAAAUCAAGCUACAGCUCACCAACAACAAGACCAACAUCAAGACCAACUUAAAGGACUACAACCAGGACUACUACUACAACCAGGACUACUACUACAACCGCUUAUAAACCAGCUUACUAGCCCGCUUACUAUACUACCUCCUAAACUUACAGAACAACAACUACCACUCACUAUACUACCUCCUAAACUUACAAAUCAACAACUACUACCAAGCCAGCAAAUACUACUACCUAAACUUACAAACCAGAAAAUACUUAUACCUACACAUAUAGCUACACUUACGUUUAACCAGACUAUCAAAAACAAUAUUAUUAUGCUUAUAAUGGAUAUUUUGAUAGUGACAGUCAAUAUUCUUAUUCUGAUAGAGACUCUGAUUCUAAAGAAUCAGUAUCUCCAGGAGUUAUCGCUGGCAUAGUAAUUGGCAGUGUUUUCUUUUGCUGUUUCUGUAUUGGGUGUUGUUGUGUAAAUAAGAAUAAGCAUCAUAUUGAUCAUCAUUAAACUCAUGAUGUCCAUUCUUCAUAUUCUAGCCAUUCUCAUCAUAGUCAUAAACAUGAUCAUAAUUAAAUGCAACCACAAAAUAUAAACAAUGCCUAUCCUAUUUACUAGCCACCAGAUUUAAGUUAACCACAAGGAUAUCAUCAAGUAUACCCACAAGUAUAUCCUACAGACUAAAACCUUAUCUAUCAAUAGCAAUACCAGCCUAUUCAAACAAAUUGGUAAGAUGAUUAGUCAACUACAAAAGUUUGA